UCGAUCCCAGGAGCCUGGGAUCGUGACCUGAGCCGAAGGCAGACACUUAAUGACUGAGCCACCCAGGCGCCCCAAGUGUGUGUUUUAAGCACACUUUUGACGAAUUGUUUCUAGUAUUUCAUAUGUUUUUAUUUUUUUCCUCCACAGUUGAACACAGCUGGAGAGCUUAAGUCUAUAGGCUAAAUAUUUUCGCCAUUCUUGAUGGGCCUAAUUAUUUUCAUUCAGCAUUAUGUAUUUCAUAUGAUACUAUGUGCUGGAAUUAACACUUUCAUUUUUCUCUCUUCUGUUCAUUUUUAUAAAACAAGUCUGGAACAUUAGACGAUAUUAAAAACCUGAAUUCUAUUGUACAAAGACCGUGAUGCAGCUGAAAUUAGUGUGUUAAUUGAAAGGCACCAUCGUGUGACAGCUCGAAAUGUCUAUAUAUUCCAAGAAAGUCCUAUUCCGAUGUCAAAAAGUAUUGGGUGUCAAUGUAGGAGUAUGAAAAUGUGUGCUAUGUAGAAGUUGGGGAUCACCUCCUACAUAGUGGCAAGAAUGAUGGAGACCUGGUUUCUACUCCUGGCUGUAUGACUUUAUGUGGGUGAUUUCUCUUUUAUAGGCCGUGGUUUCCUUUUGUAAAAUGAGGGCUUGUCUGAUAUCCAAGUUCUUUUGCUUCCCUGACUUUUUGAAAUUAUUAUGCUAGCAAAGGCCACUUUGACAUUGAAUGUGAAAAACAAACUGAGUUUGGUGUCUGGCUAUCAUCUUGGUGCGAUGAGGUGAAAGGUGCCUCUCAGAGUCACCCAUGGACACCAGACUCUAAUAUCCCCUUAGAAGCCCACGCUUCAGGCUGCCACAGGAACCUUCAGAGGAACUGCUGGGAGUUGAGAUGUGAGGCAGAACAGAAAAGCAAGGACGGUGUAGGGAGCCUGAUUUGGGAUCAGGCUGCAUGGAGGGCUGGUUUGCUUGAUGGGCCUCUUCUCCCUGGAAUGAUCUGCCUCUGUUAUGCCUGAAUAUUACCUUCAUGUAGUCGUCACACUGCCUAAAAUUCUGACAGUUGGAGAUUGUCCACGUAUUAAAAUGUUUGGCUCUUUGGGAGGGUAUGAAAUCAUCGAAAUAUGUUGCUUUUCCCAUUCUUACUGACUUGAGAACACCUGCUCUGAUGGACAGGAUUCUUUAUGCUGCAAGGGGGAGAUGGAAGUAACUGAGCUUCUAUGAGGUCAGACAAGCCUGGAUGAAGGGAGUGCAGUGAGGGGCUUACGUGGGGUGACCAUGUAAUUUAUCCUCUACACUUUUGAGCGUGAAGGGAUGCUUUUGAUAAUUUUGCAGAGUCAACGGGGAUAAACUGGGUCUGUCUGGGGCAAACAAGGCCAUAUGGUCAUCGUAGCUGAGGGCAGUGUGAGCAAGCCCAGGAAAUAGAAGAAAGUUUCAUCAAGUAUGGGGAAGAUGCCAAAGAAUACAGAAGCUCUUUCAAACAUUUUCAGGCAAAAUGCAAGAGAAUUGAUUUCUUCCUCUGAAUGCUGCUUUUUGUGGGCCCUGUGGUUUUUGCUGGAGAGAAAAUGUGAUGUAGUAGGAAAGGCAGGGGAUAUAGCAUUAGGCAGACCUUCCUCUGUUCUUUGUUAUCUGUGUGGCUCUUGGGCAUGUUACCUCAUUAGCCUAAUUUCUUCAUUUGUAAAAUGAUGCAGAUCUGCUUUCCAGGGUUGUGAGGAUUGUAUGAGAUAAAGAAUGUUAAGUGUCUAGGACCUAGUUAGACAUUCAGUAAAUGUUAGUACCUUCUGUUUUUUCUCUUUCCAGAAAUUAGAACGUUUAGUACCUUGUAUCAGUUAUAUUGUAAAAUAACCUGUGUGCGUUUGUGUGUGUGCGUGUGCGUGCGUGUGUAUGUGUCUGUGUGUGUGUGUAUGCAUGCACCCGUGUGCAUGUGCAUGUGGGCGUAUGUAGUCUGGUCAUUUAAUUAAUCCACAGUUACAGUGUUAAUGCCACAGGAGAUUUUGUUCUCUUUUCAACAGACAGACUUUAGGUACACAAGCUGUUCAUCAAUUAGUGCCUGCACAUGAUGCUAAAUAUCUGGUUUAAGUCCUGCUUCUACCGCUAACUGUGGUGUGACACUGGUUCUCGGGGGCCUCAUCUGUGAAAGGAGAUGGGUAUACCUCAGUUACCUUGUGCCAAAGCGUUGUACAACUACGAAGGGAAAGAGCCUGGAGACCUUAAAUUCAGCAAAGGUGACAUCAUCAUUUUGCGGCGACAAGUGGAUGAAAAUUGGUAUCAUGGGGAAGUCAACGGGAUCCAUGGCUUUUUCCCCACAAAUUUUGUGCAGAUUAUCAAACCGUUACCUCAGCCCCCACCUCAGUGCAAAGCACUUUAUGACUUUGAAGUGAAAGACAAGGAAGCAGACAAAGAUUGCCUUCCAUUUGCAAAGGAUGAUGUUCUGACUGUGAUCCGUAGAGUGGAUGAAAACUGGGCCGAAGGAAUGCUGGCAGACAAAAUAGGAAUAUUUCCAAUUUCAUAUGUUGAGUUUAACUCGGCUGCUAAGCAGCUGAUAGAAUGGGAUAAGCCUCCUGUGCCAGGAGUUGAUGCUGGAGAAUGUACCUUGGCAGCAGCCCAGAGCAGCAAUGCCCCAAAGCACUCUGACACCAAGAAGAACACCAAAAAGCGGCACUCCUUCACGUCUCUCACUAUGGCCAGCAAAUCUUCCCAGGCACCCCAGAACCGCCACUCCAUGGAGAUCAGCCCUCCCGUCCUCAUCAGCUCCAGUAACCCCACGGCUGCUGCGCGAAUCAGCGAGCUGUCUGGGCUUUCCUGCAGUGCCCCUUCUCAGGUUCAUAUAAGUACCACCGGGUUAAUUGUGACCCCACCCCCCAGCAGUCCAGUGACAACUGGCCCCUCGUUCACUUUCCCGUCGGAUGUUCCUUACCCAGCCGCCCUUGGAGUGAGUACAGCUUCUCCAUCUCUGUUUCUCUCUCAGACGAUGAAUCCUCCUCUUCCACCGCCCCCUUCACUGUCCUCCACACCUCCGGGCGCUGCUGCUGGAAUGGGACUGAGGCCCACAGCGGGACCCGCUGACCAGAUUGCACAUUUACGGCCUCAGACUCGCCCCAGUGUGUAUGUUGCUAUAUAUCCAUACACUCCCCGGAAAGAGGACGAGCUGGAGCUGAGGAAAGGGGAGAUGUUUUUAGUGUUUGAGCGUUGCCAGGACGGCUGGUUCAAAGGGACAUCAAUGCAUACCAGCAAGAUAGGGGUUUUCCCUGGCAAUUAUGUGGCACCAGUCACAAGGACCGUGACAAAUGCUUCCCAAGCUAAAGUCCCUAUGUCUACUGCUGGUCAGACAAGUCGAGGGGUGACUAUGGUCAGUCCUUCCACUGCAGGAGGGCCUGCCCAGAAGCUCCAGGGAAAUGGUAUGGCCGGGAGUCCCAGUGUUGUCCCCACAGCCGUGGUGUCAGCAGCUCACAUCCAGACUAGUCCUCAGGCUAAGGUCUUGUUGCACAUGACCGGGCAGAUGACAGUCAACCAGGCCCGCAAUGCUGUGAGGACAGUUGCAGCACAUAACCAAGAACGCCCUACAGCAGCGGUGACACCCAUCCAGGUACAGAACGCCGCCUGCCUGGGCCCUGCAUCUGUGGGCCUGCCCCAUCAUCCCUUGGCCUCCCCACAACUUCCACCUCCAGUGGCAGGCCCUGCCACCCACGUGGCUGCCAUUAAUAUGGGUCGCGUCAGUGCCCCUCUGGCGUGUGCUGCGGCUGCUUCACUGACCUCUUCAAACAUCACCACCGCCUCUCUGGAGACCGAGCCCGGUGGCCGGGCGGUGACCGUUCUUCCUGGACUCCCCACCUCUCCUGACAGUGCUUCAUUGGCCUGUGGGAACAGUUCAGCAACCAAGCCAGACAAGGAUAUUAAAAAAGAAAAAAAGGGUUUGUUGAAGUUGCUUUCUGGCGCCUCCACCAAACGUAAGCCCCGAGCCUCUCCUCCAGCCUCACCCACCCUGGAAGUGGAGCUUGGUGGCGGCGAGCUGCCUCUGCAGGGAGCAGUGGGUCCGGAGCCGCCGCUGGGGGGCGCCCACGGCAGGGUCGGCUCCUGCCCCACAGACGGGGAGCAGGCAGCCGCUGUGGCCCCGGACGCUCUUCAUCGGAAGACCGGCUCUCAGGACUCCGCCGUUCCCGUCGCUCCGCCGCCUCGACAGCCAUGUUCCUCCCUGGGCCCUGUCAUGAGUGAGUCUAGGCCUGUGGUUUGUGAGAGGCACAGGGUGGUAGUUUCCUAUCCUCCUCAGAGUGAGGCAGAACUUGAACUGAAAGAAGGAGAUAUUGUGUUUGUUCAUAAAAAGCGAGAAGAUGGCUGGUUCAAAGGCACAUUACAACGUAAUGGGAAAACUGGCCUUUUCCCAGGAAGCUUUGUGGAAAACAUCUGAGGACACUAACAUUGAGAAGGCUGAAAGUCACAUCACACAACAAAAUAGCACAAAGCAAUUUAAUGGAAAGAGCACAUUUGUGGACUUCCAGAUGGUCAGGAGAUGAGCAAAGGAUUGGUGUGCAACCCCAGUGCCCCCAGCACAGUUAGGCCAGCCAACAGCGUGAAGAAGGCGUGUGUGUGUGUGUGUGUGUUUAUGUAUGUGGGUCCUGUCACUCUGGAUUCUGAUGUGUAAGGUGUGCCUUGUACUGUCUGAUUUACUAUACAGAAAAACCUUUUUUAAAAAGAUAUAUAGCUAAAAUGGACAAUUGUUUACAAGGCUUAACUAAUUUAUUUGCUUUUUUAAACUUGAAUUUUUCUUGUAAUAGAUAAAUUCUUUGGAUUUUGAUUUUAAGAAAUUAUUAAUUUAUGAAAUGAUAGCUAAGGAGAAGCUGGAUUAUCUCCUGUUGAGAGCAAGAGAUUUCUUUUUGACAUAGAAUGAGCCCCUCCCCCCCCAACCUGUGUUACUUUUUUGCUUCUUUAAGCCAGAAAUGCCAGUUCUCUAAUUUGGUUUUCCUCUUUGGGAAACCAAAACAUGUAACUGAAUCAGAAUCAAUAAAGGCCUGGGGUAGGGAGACAGAAACUUGAGAGAAAAGAAGUUAGCGGCUCCCUGUCUUUCUGGUUUGGUCAGGAAUCACCCUUAAGACCUAGUCCUCAAUAUAAUUUUGUGGGUUUUUAAUUUCCCUAGAAUGAAGUCAGUGAAGUGGUAAGAAAAAAUAAAGCACAACCCUUGAACAAAAAUGUAUUCAGAAAUAUAUUUAGUUUUAUAACAGAAGGAGCUCAAUUCAUUGGUUGGAAAUUGGGAAAAUUGAAGUUGUACUCCUGUCUGAGAAUGGCUAUGAAAUGUAAUUGCCAUUUUUACGCCAAGUGAUCUGCAUGCCCAGGACACAAUAAAACGUUUGUGCGAUUGUGGUGGUAAGUGAUGCCCUCGUGCUUAAGUCAAAGGCUAUAAGAAACACUGUGAAAAGUUUACAUUCAUCCAUUGUGAUUCUUUUCCCACCAUCUUGCAUGUGUUACUGGAUUCCCACAGUAAUAUAGACUGUGCAUGUUGUGUAUAUUUCAUUGCAAUUUCCUGUUGAGGUUAGUUUGGGCUCAGAAGUGACCAGUGCAGGAGGUGUAAAAUAAACAACGUUCUUUUCGCUCCUGACCAAGGUCUCUGGGUGUACUCCCUCCCUCCCUGGCUAAGGCAUCCAUCAGCCGUUAUACAAGUCAUUAGUGAAAAUGUUCCUUUCUGUCCUCCCAGCUGACUGAUAUAAAGGAUGAGCCAGGAGACUGCUCCUGUGACAGUUCCCUUGCGGCUCUGGGAGGCCUUGCACCAGUGAAAGUGCCCACACCUUACAACUGCAGCAGGAUCCAGCUGUGCCCAUCUUUUUACAUCCAUUCUUUGAUGUCAUUGACCUCUUUUCCCCAUUACAUUCCGGUGCCACGCAGUUGUGGGUCUGGGUAGUCCUAAAAGCAAAAGGAGGGAAGACAGCCUGGUAGUGAAUGAAAUUGUUGCUACAGUUUUCUUGUAAAAAACAAAAAACAAAAAAACAAAAAAAAAAACUUUUUCAUUUUUUACUCUAAGAAUUACAACUGGGAAAUAGAAACGUGAACUGAAAAGUCUUCUUGCAAUAGCAAGAGGUUUCAUGGUCUUAAAAAGAUAUUAUGUGGUUAAAAAUGAAAUCAUUCCUAAAUUAACCUUUUUUUUUUAAUAAAACACUGUACAUUAUGUUCCUGUGUGUUGAAUUUUUAAAAAAUACUUGGAUAUUCAUGUAAUAUAUAAAGGUUUGGUGAAAUGAACUUUAGUUAGAAAAAAAGCUGACAUCAGCUUUCAUCUGUGUAAGUUGACACCAAUGUGUCAUAAUAUUCUUUAUUUUGGGAAAUUAGUGUAUUUUAUAAAAAUUUUAAAAAGUAAAAAGACUACUACAGCUUAAGAUAAUUUUUUACCUGUCUUUUCUCCAUAUUUCAAGCUAUGUGAUUGAAGUACCUCUGUUAAUAGUUUCCUGCUAUGAAGUUGGUUAAAAUUUCAUCUGUUAAUAGAUCACUUAGAUAAUAUAAUGUAUGGGUUUUCUAUUGGUUUUUUGGAGACAGUAGAUGGAGAUUUUGUAACAAGGGCUUGUUACACAGCGAUAUGGCAAUGAUAAAAUUGCAAUUUAUCAUUCCUUUUCGUGUUAAUAAUUUGAAGACUGGAGAAAAGGUUCAAGAUUAAAAUUUGAUGUUCAA